UCAAUCCAGGACCAACACAUUAUUUCACAUGAUUCUGCUUUGAGCCCAGGGAAGUCACUUUACUCUGCUAACAGUUAAGAAGGUAUCUGCCUUUUGGGUCACCCCCACGACCCAUUAACACUCCGGAGCUUUUAAGUGUCUCUGUCCAGCGUCGGUCAGCACUUCUAGGGUGAGGUGGUGUGCUUCAGAGCGGAUUUUUCCUCCUAGCCCCGCCCCCAGGGUCCUGGGGCUGGGCUGGGCUGGGAAGGGCAGGGCAGGGCAAGGACUGACGUCGAGUUUUGGCAGACUGACGGGCGAAGCUCUGUAUUUGGUGCAGCCCGGGCCCUGAGGAGGAGACAACCUGUUGCUCUGCAAACAUCCCUACUGGCUUACUACCUACCCUUCUCCCCUGGAUUGACCAGGACCAAGGAUAACUCCCCUGGUCAUGGUGGUAUCCUGCCCCCCGACUAGGCUUCUUGCCUCUUUCCUCCAGCGGGGAACUCAGCAGGCUAGCAGGUUCCAGCUGCACACAGGAACCCCCUGUGCCGCCAAGGACUACUAUGAGUUCCUGGUCCUGGGUGGGGGCAGUGGUGGGAUCACCAUGAGCUCCCGAAUGAAGAAAAAAGUAGGGGCUGAAAAUAUAGCCAUUGUUGAGCCUAGUGAGAGACAUUUUUACCAGCCCAUGUGGACGCUGGUGGGUGCUGGUGCAAAAAAGUUGUCAUCAUCCAGCCGUUCCAUGGCAAGUGUUAUUCCAUCAGGAGUAGAAUGGAUCAAAUCUAGAGUGAGAGAGCUGGAUCCAGACAAGAACUGCAUCCGCAUUGAUGAAGGCAAAGAGAUUGCUUAUAAAUAUCUCAUCAUUGCUCUUGGAAUCAAGCUGGAAUUUGAGAAGAUCAAAGGCUUGCCUGAAGGUUUUAGAUAUCCUAAAAUAGGGUCUAAUUAUUGCGUUGGAACUGUGGAGAAAACAUGGAAGGCUCUACAGGGCUUCAAAGAGGGCAAUGCCGUCUUCACUUUCCCAAACACUCCGAUUAAGUGUGCAGGGGCGCCACAGAAGAUCAUGUAUUUGUCAGAAGCCUACAUGAGGAAGACAGGAAAGCGAGCCAGUGCCAAUAUAAUUUUCAACACUUCCCUGGGAACCAUUUUUGGGGUUAAGAAGUAUGCAGAUGCCCUACAAGAAAUUAUCAAGGCCAGGAACCUCAAUGUGAACUAUCGGCAAAACCUUGUUGAAGUUCGGCCAGAAAAACAUGAGGCAGUAUUUGAAGACCUGGAUAAUCCUGGAAACACCAAAGUGAUUUCGUAUGAGAUGCUUCAUGUCACUCCGCCCAUGGGGCCACCUGAUGUGGUCAGGGAGAGUCCUGUUGCAGAUGCUGCUGGAUGGGUGGAUGUGAACAAAGAAACUCUGCAGCACAAGAAAUACCCAAAUAUUUUUGGCAUUGGAGACUGUACCAACCUUCCCACAUCAAAGACAGCAGCUGCAGUAGCUGCCCAGUCUGGAGUACUUGACCACACAAUUUCUCUGGUGAUGAACAAUAAAGAACCGGUCAACAAGUAUGAUGGGUAUACAUCUUGUCCACUUGUUACAAACUACAACAAGGUGAUACUUGCUGAAUUUGACUACAGUGCUCAGCCUCUAGAAACCUUCCCCUUUGACCAGAGUAAAGAACGACUCUCCAUGUACCUUAUGAAAGCUGAUGUGAUGCCUUUUCUCUAUUGGAAUGGAAUGCUAAAGGGCUACUGGGAGGGCCCAGCCCGUUUGCGGAAGUUGCUACGUUUGGGUAGAGAUUAGAAAUGACCGAAGACCUGCUUUCCUGACUGUUACUAACCCCGAACCACUGCCUUCAAGCCAAAGCAGAAUGAAGGGUUUCAAGCUUAAUCCUCUAAAUAACUUGUACUCUUACAACAGCUUCCUUCUUCAUUUGUCUUUGAAAAAGCCACCUUGCUGGCUUGUCUGCCUAAAUGAAAGGGUCCAACCCUUACUUCAUGACACAAAUGUAUGGGUAUUAAUAUUGGUACCAGAAUUAGCAUUAUUUAAAAUGGUGGGAAUGAAAUGCUGCACUGUUAUUUUUCUCCAUCAAGAAUAUUCAACACCAGAAUUUAUUUCAAAAGAGCAAGUCACAGAUCACCAAGUUAAUUACAGAUUUUUUUUUUUUAGCAUUUUUAUGAGUUUUAGGUGAGGCUGAUUCUUAGAUAUUGCCAAAUUGGGACAUGUAUUGUUUUCAGGUCAUGUCUAAUCACAAGACUGUUGAAAUGGGGAGCGCUCCUAUCUCAUCCCCUUCAAAGGGGAUUGCUAACUGCUGACCCUAUGGAUGUUUUAUGGAAGCACAUAAAUUGAUGUGCUGGACCUGUUCUUCUUCUUAGAGUCCCUUAUUGACUCCCUCCCAGCUCUCUCUAUGUACAUAUCUAUUGUUGUUAGCCAUUUUUCAGUCAUGUCUGAUUCUUUGGGACUCUUUUUGGUGUAUAUACACACAAACAUGUACAUAUAUAUAUGUGUGUGUGUGUGUGUGUGUGUGUGUAUACACACAUAACAGGUACAUGUUAUCCUUGGGAAAGAAGACAUUAAUUGCUGAGGGGCCCAGGAAGGAUCUCAUACAGCCUGAGCCAAGUCUUGAAGGAAAGAAGAGAUUCAAGAGGACAAGAUGGGGAAAGAAUAUAUAUACAUACAUACACACACACACACACACACACAAACACACAUAUAACAUGAAGGACAGCUGGUACAGAGAUUGGAGACAAAGUAUUGUGUGAGGAGGAGCAGGAAGCAUAGUUUUGUUGGAUUGUAGAGUCUAUGAAUGGGAAUAAAACAUUCCAAGUUUAGAAAGGUAGGAUGGUAUCAGUUUCUGAAGGUUUUUUUUUUUUUUUUUUUGGUGAGGCAAUUGGGGUUAAGUGACUUGCCCAGGGUCACACAGCUAGUAAGUGUCAAGGGUCUGAGGCCAGAUUUGAACUCAGGUCCUCCUGACUCCUGGGCCGGUGCUCUAUCCACUGUACCACCUAUCUGCCCCCUGAAGAGUUUUAAAUAUCCCAAAGAGGAGUUUCCUAAAAGUAAUAGGGAACCAUUGGGGUUUAUUGAGGGAGAGGGUGGGGUGAUGGUGAUGUGGUUUGAACAGUGCUUUAGGGAAAUCAUUUUGGAUGUGGGGGUUGGUGGUGGACAGAUUGGAGUUGGGGGGAGACUAGAGGCAGGGAGACCAAUUAGGAGGCUAUUGCAAUAGUUCAAAUGAGAGGUAAUAAGGGCCUGAUUUAAGGGUGGUAACUGUGAGUGGAAAGAAGAAUAUAGAUUCAAGAAUUGUUGGGGAAUUAAAAAUGACAGGAUUUAACAAGAUUUUGAACCUAGGGGACUGGAAGGAUGGUGGUGCCCUGAGAGAAAUUGGGAGUUUUGGAAGCAGGUGGGUUUUUAGGGGAAAGAUAAUGAAUUCAGUUUUGGAUAUGCAGAUUUUUAAUUGCCUAUGGGAUAUGCAAUUUGACAAAAUGUUCAACAGGAAGUUGAUAAUGUAGGACUGCAGGUAAGGAAAGAGACUAGGGCUGGAUAUUUACAUCUGAUAGUCAUCUGUAUAUGAGGUCCUGUGGUAGGAUUAGUAUCUUCCAGCAUUUCCCCCACAAUGUGGGUUAGGCUCACCUCUUCCUGCAACAGGAAUUAGUUUUCCCUAAAAGAAAACAAAGUGGUCCUGAGACCUGGUUGGCCUCUGUUUCCCUGAUGCAGCUUCCUGGUCAUUUAAAGGCAUAAAAAGUCCCUGCCACUUGGUAUCUAAACUUCUUAGACUUGUGGUGCCCAAGACCACAAGAGUUGCCAUAUCUUGCCCUGAUGACCUACUGAUCAGAUACAUUUCCAUAAGGAAAGGACAGGUAGGCUUAGCCUACCAAAGUUGAAGAUGAGUCCUAUUGUAUCCCUGUUGCAUAUCCUUACUGUAUGAGGACAAAAUAAAGCUUUUUUGUUAACUA